AUGCUUCACAUAACAGAAACGAAGGGCUAUGCGAUUGCUAAUAUUCCAAUAAAUGCAAAACAAAAUUGCAUAUAUGUGAGAUGGCAAAGGGUAAAAAUCGUAUUUGGUGCUCGAAGCGAAGGUCCCUAUUCUUUUCAUACAUGCAAAACUGCAUGCACGAACGACGAGGAUCCUAUGAAUAAGGGAAAUCAGCUACAAUGCUCCGGAUUUAAUCAGCGACAAGGACCGAAUGAAUAUACUCAUCAUUGUCAACUUUAUCAAGCCGAUCAAUUGCAACAUGUCGAUGGAUUUUUUGAGGCUGAUGAUCGAUAUAAUUUUUAUUGGAAAUAUUGUAGAACAUGUUCAGGCGAUUAUGCAUAUACAUUUUUAUCGGAUCGCUAUAUGGAUUUUCGUGUGAUAAUUCGAACGAUUCAUACUCGUUCUUUAGAAGAUUGCUUAAGUAUUUGCUUAAAUGAGAAUAGUUUUGCUUGUCGAAGUGUUUCGUUUAAUCGAACCGAUGGUGGAUGUCAAUUAUCACAACAUAAUCAACUUAGUAAACCAGCGCUUAUAAAAAUUAAUAAUAAUCCUAAUUAUCGGAUUGAUUAUUAUGAGAAUAAUUGCUUUAACAUUGCAGAUUCGUUUGUUUUCGACUAUGAAUGUAAAGAUAAUGGAAUAUUGGUGAAAGUUGAGUCAAAAUAUCCCUACACUGGUGCAAUGUAUGGCCUUUACGACUUUUUUACUUGUCGUAUUGAACCUAAAGAUGCGAAAAAAAUGGAAUAUUUUUUUCCAUCGCCAACAAUUUCAAAGAAUUGCAGUGAUAGCAUACGUUAUAAGGGAAACGAUAUGGUACUCGAAAUCGUUAUCUCGACUGAUGGCGUGGAACCGCUGUAUUUUAUCACCCCUGAUGAUUUAACUUAUCAGGCUCGUUGUCCCAUUAAAGAGUUGGGAAUAGUUAAUGAUAAUAUUGAUAUCGCUUCAAAAUUGACAAGCAAAGGCUCUGUUGAUAUGGCGAAAUUCACGGCAGCAUCAGCACAUGCAUUAUUCACAAUGUUGUCGAAUGCCUCACAGAGUGUCGUCGAAACUAAUUCAAAGAGUGAUAAUAUAAUAGAAAAUAUCAAUUGCACUGUAAUCACGAGUACUCCUUUCACAACUUCUACGACCAAGGAUUUAUUCGUAUUACCUUUCCAUCCAGUUGAAUAUAGCACAAUUUCAUCGAUUGUAUUCUUAUCCACGACAGAAGAAAGCACUAUAUCCAUAAAUACUACCACUACCGCCUCUCCAGAAAUUCCUUUAUCAACUUUAAACAAUUCUUUUUCUGAUUCAUAUAAAACUGAUGAUAAAGGGCUGAUAAAAAAUGAGAAAAGUUUCGAUGAAAUUUCAACUAUGACGUUACCAAAAUUGAACAUCCAUUUUACAGUAUUAGAUAAUCAAUCAACCAUAGUAGAGAAGCCAAAAGAAGAGAUUCACGGUUCAGAAGAAAAAAGCACAGUCGAUAUUAUACCCGAAACGACUUCUACGAUCACAACGACUGUGGAUGCGAGUGAUCGGACUAUAUCAUCAACUAUGGACAAUUCAUUGUCUUCAACUUUAACAGAAGAUAUUAGCGAAAGUACGCAGAGUACAACUGAAAGUAGUAGUACUUUUAUAGAGCAUGAAACCUCGUUAAGUACAACUGAAUCCACGCAAAUUACGUCUUCUAAAUUCAUCACAGAAUAUAUAACACCAAAUAUUCCAACAUUAACUGAUGAUAAAUUGAACGUGACUUGGAUAAAUGCAAAAGUACCAAAAGAGGCCGUUAUUUUCGAUAUUUUCCAUAACGGUCAACCAGUUGAAGUGGUAGUGCUCGGAAGUCGAAUAACUCUCAGCUUUAUACCCUAUUAUGCUAUUCCACCUGCUUAUAUGAGUAUAACGGGUUGUCAAGUGGAACCGAUCAGUCCUUUAUAUGAAUGGGAACUCGAACCACUUGCAAUAGUAAAGGAUAGUUGUCAAGCUGAUCAUGUUGGUCUAGUAUGCCCACCGCAAAAAACCGAAUAUGGCAUACAAGUUAUCGUCGAGUCAUUUAGGUAUCAAACCACCGCACAUGUGCAAUAUUCGUGUCUUAUUCGGAUAUGCCCGUUCGCACCGUGUCCUGUGACGACCUGUGAAAAUGUAGAAGGAUGCCCAUCAAAUGAUCUUCUAACAAGAACAUUCGGUUUGCGCUCUAAACGUCAUAUAACACUUGAACAGAUUCGAGCAGCUUUAGCCGCUAAUCCUGAUUUGCAACGACAAAUUCAACUAUCAAAUCGAUUCGGGAACAAACCUCUAACUAAUUCAGAAACUCAACAACAAUUAAUACAACUUGGUGGCGAUCAUAUUGUUAAAAAACGUUUAGUUGUUGUAAACUCAGAAGACGAUCUUCGAUAUUAUAUAAGAACUGGAGAAGUACCAUGA